AGAUCUGCCUCACUAAGGUGUACCCUAAAGGAGCCAAAGACAAGGCCAUCAAAGCCUAUGUGAUUCUGGACGAUCAGAGCAAUCGUUCACUAGUCAGUCCAGAGUUCUUUAAAUUGUUCAACAUUGAGAGUGAGCGGUUCCCAUACUACCUCAAAACUUGCUCAGGCAACAUGGAAACCCAAGGAAGGAAGGCAGAAGGCAUCCAGAUCGAGUCCCUGGAUGGUAAAGUCGUCAUCUGUCUCCCUCCGCUCUUAGAGUGCAAUGAAAUCAUGAAUAACCGCGCUGGGAUCCCGACACCAAGUGCGGUGCUACACCAGCCGCAUCUCCACCACAUCGCCAAACACAUCCCAGAACUGGAUCCGAAAGCGGAAAUACUCCUGCUAUUAGGAAGAGAUGUUAUCCAGGUACACAAGGUUAGGCAGCAGAUCAAUGGACCACUCAACGCCCCCUUCGCGCAACGUCUGGAUCUGGGCUGGGUGGUGAUAGGAGAGGUGUGUCUCGGUGACGUACACAAACCGAUGGUUAACACACUCAAGACCAAUGUGCUAGAGAGUGGCCGCCAUUCAAUCUUUCGACCCUGCCCGAGUGUCCCGUGCAUCAAGGAAGCACAACAAGGCGUUAACAAGCGCGAGGCAAGCGACGAGUCGCUGGGCCAGUCAGUCUUCGCUCUAACGAAGUAUGACAACAAACUUGCACAAUCAGCUCAAGAUACCAUUUCUUUAAGAAUCAAAGACACCAAGGUCUUCAGAGAUGAAGCAAAUAAUGGGGUUGCCCCAUUGCCAAUCAGAGAACCACGCCAGCGCUCACCAGAUAACAAAGAGCAGGCAGUCAAACGGUUCACGUCCUUACGGAAAACCUGGAAAAGGAAACCUGAGAUACAGCAACGCACCCGAUUGGCCCACGAGGUACUGUGCACCCUAAUGGCAGAGGUCACAGCCAUUAUAAACGCACAAUCAUUCCUACCUGUGUCUUCUGACCCAGAAAACCCCUUUAUACUUUCGCCAUCAACGCUCCUUACGCAGAAGGCAGGAGCACCUCCUCCACCAGGAGACUUCUCAGACAAGGAUUUGUACACAAAGCAAUGGAGACAAGUCCAGGCUCUGGCAAAUCAGUUCUGGUCCCGCUGGAGACAGAAAUAUCUACCUUUGUUGCAACAGAGACAAAAGUGGACAGAACCCCGCAGGAAUCUUCAAGUUGAAGACUUAGUCCUGCUCAGGGACAAGCAAGUCGCUCGCAACAGCUGGCCAACUGCCAGAAUCACUGCUACAUUCCCUAGCGAGGAUGGACAUGUCAGGAAGAUCGAAUUGAAGACUACCGACCAAGGCGAUGUGAAAAUUUACCAAGGGCCAGUUACAGAAGUUAUUCUACUUCUACCCAAUGACUGAUUAAGAGACUAAGUUUUGUACUCUGCUCAUUGUGACCUUACGAAGGUCAAGCGGGGAGUGUGCUGUCUUUACGACAGUUAUUUAGUUUAUAAUAUUUUCGCUUAGUAAUUCAUUCAAUAGUAUUUUCUAGUUAGAAUUAGAAGUGUUUAAAGUAUAUUCAUUGCAUGUAAAAUAUAUCGGCAUGCGAUGACGUCACAUCCGGUUUAGCCGCGUCUUGUGGGAAAACACCGGUUUGAAAUUAGCGCGAGGGUGGGGGCUCACCACGAGGCUCACCUGAGCACAAGCAGUUUUGCAGGCAUGAGAAAUCACAGUGAGAGCAACGCUUUUUCACCAUAUGUUAAUGUGAAGAGUGAACAGUAAAUGGUUAAUCUUACUGCGAUCUGGUUCUUAUUAACUGUGGUUUAUCCGGACGUUAAAUUCGGCGUUUCGUUACACCCGAAGGAGAACGUG